AUCACCACAUCCUGGCCCUGCCUCGUCGUCCAAGUUCUUCUUACCCUUUGUUUGUUUUGUAGUCGCGAUAUGCUUGCCCUCCCCUGCGCGCUUCAAGCCUGGUCUCUACUCCCUUGACUGUCUGCCAAAGUCUCCCACCAUCUGCCUCUCUUCUACUACUCCUUUCUGCCACAGCAUCCUGUCUGGUUGACUUGGAGAGCUGCUGAUGGAAGCCACCUCUUGCAAUCCUCAAUGGCCUCAUGGCCCAAUCACUGCAUGCUGGGCAGUGUCCAUUCACCGCACAAUUCGCCCUCCCAGAUUUCUCCUCAAUCCUCCCUAGACACGUUACCUUUUCCAGAUUACGCUGUUCCUCCGGAGAUGCACCAUGUAAAGUACGACACCGCCGCUCCAAGUGCUUUCGAAGAAGGAAGCAGCAACGAGCGUGUGAAUACUCCAAUGGAGCUUGAACUGAGUCUGACGGAUCGGCCUGCUCAAUGGGAAUACACCACAUCCCCUAGAAAGAGCCUCUCGGUCGCUAGUGAAGCAGAUCACUAUCAUCACGGUUCGGCUUCUCCUGAGCCUGUGGACAAGGCCAUCCAGUUCGUGCGCGACUUCCGGAACCUGAACCGGCUGCGAAACAAUGUUCAGAAACUCAGGAUCCGUGCAAGGGAUAAAAGAAAUCAAAUGAAGUUCGCGAGGGACGAGGUGUACAAAACAUCUGCGAAGUUGUUACGAGCCAGUCAGUUGCAACAGGAUAUACACGAACAGGUACAAUCCUUACAAGAAAGCGUACGAGAAAUGGGUAAACAAGAGAUUUUAGUCGACUGGUUGGAGAGCCAAUUGAUACCAGCCGAGUGGGCUUUGAAGGAAGCCGAGCAAGAAUUGUAUGGAGUCGUCGCCGGAGAGCCUGCCCUUGACCAGGAUGAGUUUCAAGUUGAUGUCCGGUCAUUUCCAGACACCUCAUCUUACGUACCAGAUGCUAUCGACGCAAUGAACACGCCGUACCCACCACAUGAGCUUGUGGCCGAGGAACGGCUGGCAGCAUUAGACUCAUCCGAUUCGCAAUUGAGAACGCGCCUUGAGAAGCUGGACAAUGAUUACGCUGCAAUUGCGCAAGAUGCCAGGAUGCGAGCUGCGGCCGGUGUGCCUCUGGACGAUUUCUCACAGAAUUUUAUUGCUGCUUAUCCUAACCGUCGCGGAGAUCUGGUGAAAGACUUAGCUGCGAUCUCCAAAGAGAAACGCGUUCUUCAAUCGGAUUCCAUGCUUACCAGCCGACCUACCUCGCCCACUGAAGCUCUCCUUCGUUUUGACCAAUUUUCUGGUGGCGACACUGAUUUGCGCCUACAGACCUGGGAACACAACGACGAUGAGACAUUACAACUACAGGACGAAGAAUACGAAGCGCGGAAGGACGACCUUGCUCCAUUAUUAGCUCAUGCAACAUUGACCAACAUGAAGGACAUCGAUAGGACAAUGUCUACUGUAGGCUUGGAGGAGAACGACUAUAUAACUUCGAAUCAAGAGAACAACGAGAGUACGGACGGCCUUGCUAGCUUUGUGUCGAAGUGGCUACUUGGGUGCAUCACGGCCUCAUGGUGGACUGUUAUUCGAUUUGCAUUUCAGAAUUAUCUUGACAACAGACUUUCCUACACGGCAAUGGUCAGAUAUGUUACGGACAUGUGGUCUCGAGAGGAAGGCCUUCCGGUUUCGCGGUUUGGUUCCUUCACAGACUUGAAGAGUGUCCGAACAUCCAAGUUGCCUUCCAAGUUGCCUUCGUCCACUCAAUAUGUGGUCUCGCCCGCCUACAAACCAGAAUGGCAAAGUCGGCAACAGAAGAGGCGGCAUAGCUCUGGUGGCUCUGUUGAGCUGAGGGCCAAAACACACGUCACCUACGGUCGUCCAAAUACUGAGUGAUCAGCGCAAUGGAGAUUCACGUUCGUGGAUGAAAUCGCUUCAAGAGUGAAUGUUUUAAGCUCAAAUAAGCUCUACGGGUCCCGCUCCGAUCAUUCGGCUCGUCUCGCCUUCGACGGGAUCCAGUUUAGACACUGUUGAUCUCUUCUUGAUAUGGCAAGGCACAUCAAAGCCGGGGGAAUACGAGACGUGGAUUCUCAGCAGCAAUCAUGGCAGUUACGGAAAUGUCAACAAUGAUCAUUCUUGGCGACAACACAGCAUCUCAAUUCAGCCCUCGAAGUCACACCUCAUUCUUUGGCCUGUUCUGAACUUCAUCACAGCAGGGGAUGGGCUCUCAUGGAGAUGUCCCAUCUCUUAACGACUAGGUGGGAGACCAUCAUGCGACUAAAUACAUUGUCCAAUGACAAGGGACGGUGGAAAUUGCCUUCAAUCGUUCCCAAACGACCUCCUCAUUUCCCAAGAGAACGGGCCCGCCAAUGGAUUGCAUGAUAUUCCAAGCACUCCAAGAUAUUCAACUGUCAGACAACUUCAAACCUCGUUAUCCCCGCUCACAAAUCCUCGCAGAGCCGCAUGCGAUACCAAAUCAAGCAAGGCAACAGGCCACGCAUGCAUAGAGGCAGACGGCCCUCGUGACAUUUUUGGACCCUGGGGCUGCCACAUCAGCAAUCGGGGCUGUGUAACGUGGGGGAGAUAUUUUCCUGGACGUCCUGACUCCUCGUGGUUGCUUUGGUGGAAAAGGAUUGGUCAGCACAACAAUGACAAUCAACAUAAUUCGAGGUCGGCUCCAAAUGCACUAUCGACAUUUCAUGAUAUGUCGUUUGGCAUGUGCGUGAAUCCAGAGGCCUAUCCCUGCCAACUUCGCAUCAGCUGGACGGCUUCCAGGUUGAGAUCCUGACUUGUCGUACCCAGUACCGGGAAUACCUUGCUCCCUUCCCUCUUCUGCUACAGUAGGACAGAGAACCACCCCUAUCAUUGUUUCUAUGUACAACAUGUCCUGCAACCAGUGAUGUGCCGUCCCCAAUUGAGAUGGAAUGGUGUGACUGCUCACCCGCACUUGCCUAGAAAGGCUUCGGAGGGAAAGAAAAUGGAAUUCCGUUGCCGUGUGACUUGUGUUGACGCGGCUAAAGAGUCUCCAACACAACACCUUGUGCCAUCGGUUACACGUAUCAGACUCGUUUGACGGCAUGACUCCAAGGCCCAGGAGGCAAUCGAGCUUUGGGCGACAAGCUGAUUUCUUCCUAGUCACUAUCGUCCCCGAAUCAGGCGCCUCUGGAAGGAGGUGAGGCCGGUUUACCAUUGCUGUUUUCAGAAUUCAGCGUCCUGUGUGGUAAGUUCUAGGGUACUGACCCUGAGGCUAUUGGUCAAUUCUUGAUUCAUGCCUCGAAAUUCGUCGCUUUACAUUGGGUACUCACCGCUGCCACUGGGCCAAUCCUCUGAACGAUGGCUAGUACUACAGAUGGUGUUUGCCAAGGCAAGGCUGUGGGAGACAGAUGAUGACAAUAUGACAAGGCACGAGGCUGGGGAGAGUGGAUUGCUACCCUCGAGCUACCCAAAGCAAAGCCAACCCGAUCUUGCAGAUCAAGGCACCGGCGACCAAUUUAGCUUGCCAACUGCAUGUCGACAUUUGAAAUGUCACAGCCAAGAAUAAAUACUCGAUUGCAUCCCGCACCAAGCUGUAAACAGGACAAGAAGGCAAC